AUAUAUUUAGAAAGUUACAGACUGAAGUUUUUGUUUACAUUUUUCCUAGUUUUGUAUUUUGUUGAACCAGAGUCAAGAUAUUGAGAAUUUGCUUCAAGAGCUAAAAUAUUGCUGUGUCUCCAAAAAUUAAAAAAAACUUAUUGGUUGUUACCAAUAAAACCAAAAGCCUUCAAUAUUUGUCCUCUUUUAUGUGAUUUCCAUUUUCAUGAAGUGGCAAGUUCUGGGGCUGCCAGAAAAUUGUGAGAUUCUUUGUGUCACAAUUUUUUUAUUUCAAACAGUUGGAAAACCAGCCUUAAUUGUUUAUGAACUAGACUAAUCUAAGUUUUUGAUAAUUAAAAAAAAACUAUACAGACAUACAUGUAUCUGAAAAUCUUAUGUAACCUCAAAAUGUUAUGUGACAUUUACAUGUUCAUCUACAGUAUAUGUAUGGAGAUGAUUCCAUGAGCCAGUGAAGCAGUUAAAACACAGGAAAUGAAACAUCAUGCAGCUCCUUUUCCAAUAAGUUCAAUGUUUUUCAGUGUAUGGUUCAUGUUCUAUACUUAGCCAUUAUAAGCAAAAGCUCUUUUUGAUUGAGUGAAAAAAUAAAUUAAAAAAAUUAAGUAAAUGACAGAAGUGUAGAACUGUGUUAUGAUUGGUUCACUGGCCCAUGGAUCUGUAAAUUUUGAUUGGGUAGGUCUCUGCCUCUGGUAAACCCCAGCUUUCAGACAUGCAUAAAUGCUUCUGGGUUAUAGGCUUCUGAUGGUGACAACGGCCUGUCAUAAUGAAAGCAAAAAAAAAAAAUUUUUAUUUAGUAAGAACAAUCAGACUGCCCUUGGCGUGGAAAUAUCUGGGUUUAUUUUUUGUUUUUGUUUGUUUGUUUGUUUGAUUUUUUUGUCUUGUUUUUUUUUUGUUAACUUGUGUUUGGUUUAAAAAUGUUAAAUGAGCAAAACUAAGGCAGAGCCUGAUUAUCUUCAACACUUCACUGAAAAUCACUUCAACCUCAGCAUGUUAUUUUACCUAGCACCUACCCCUCCCGUAAUCCAACAACAAUCACGGACUAUAAGUUAGGUUUAAUGUUUUGUCAGGGGAGGGGUGGGUGUGCAGGUGCAUAGAUACUGACAUUGAUCUGUAAUGAUAAUAUGUAACAUGUGUGUGAUUAUUGAUAAUUAUGUUGAGUGUAUUAUUUUAUUGCAUUUUUAUUGUGUAGGGAGAUGGAGGUGUUUGCUCCUAACCAUGCUUUCCCUUUCUCAAAGAUGCUGACAUUUUAUCGAAAAGAACCAUUUGAUUUAGAAGCUAGCUACUCGAAAAAUACACAGCUACCGCUAAAAGAUGGUUUCAUUGGUAAGUUUUGUUGACAAAAAAUUUUCAAUGGGGUGUUUCGGUUAUGGUGUUCUAGUGAAAACUUUCUGGGUCAUAAAGGAUAUUCUGGGCUUAAAUAAAAUUCAUCAACUUGAAGUAUUUUCUCAGUCUGAGGUUUCCUUUGAGAAACCAAGGACCCCAAGGAAGGAAAUGAUCAUCUGUUAAAGAAGCUCUUGAUUGUUAAACAAAUUCUCAUUGUCUGCACCAUCAGAAAUGUAUAGAGAAAAGUAUUGAGAUUAUGCAUACAGAUGGCGGAUGUAAAAGGUUAAUCAGAGCGUUGUCCCAGCCCUGGGAUGUAUUUUUGAAGCAAAGAAAAAAACUAAAGUUUCAGUUACGAAUCGACAACAAAAUAAGGCAUUGCCAUGGGGAAAAAAAAAAAAAAACAGAAACAGAUGGAAGUUCUUCUAAGCAUAUUUCCUCAUUUAGGUCGGUUCUCGAUCAAAGACGUUGUUCCCAAUAAAGAAGGAGAAUCAUCCAAAAUCAAAGUAAAAGUUCGUUUGAAUAUCCAUGGUAUACUAAAUGUGGUCAAUGCAAGUUUGGUAGAAAAACUACCUGCAGUCGCUGAGCCAGAAGCGGAGUCAAUGGAAGUUGAGGGACAAGAAGAUAAGACGAAAGAAGCAGCUGGGGAUGCCGCGCCCGAGGUAAGACGUCAGCGGUCUUCGUUCCUUGCAUCACUGGGUAAUUUGCAGGGUUCAAGACCAGACUUCAGCUGUUUAAGGGUAACUACAUUGUGUAGUAUAUUUAACAUGCCACACUGAUGAAGAUUUUGCCUGUUCUCGAGGCUGAUAGCCUUCAGGACAGGUGUAAUUUUGGCGAGCCAGAGCUCAGUAUUUUCGAGGUGAAAAUUACAGCGGCCGUCUUUGAUUUUAACAGCAGCGGAAGACUCGGGAGAGAAAAAAUUUUGGACCAAUGUGAUGAGCAAAGGUCAAAAAGAAGGAGACGGGAGGGGGCGAGGCAAUGCAUUUUUGGCGCGACAAAUAUCCAGUACGUCACGUCUCUACAAAAUUCCCCUCCCCUCUAGACCAGAUAAAAUGUUGGUUAUCCAAAGAUUUGACUUUUUGCGGGCCGUUAUGUCAAGCCCUAGGGCUUAGAACUGUCCUCUGACGAAGGACGUGCAUUACUGUUAAUCUUCAUGGGAAUAACUUUUAUCCUAGAACACCCAAGGGACACAGGAAUCUAAUGAAUCACAAGACAAAGAAGAUGCCGACGAGCCGAUGAACUCGGAGGUAGUUUUGAUUUAAAACGAGCAAUAUGCAAUUAAAGUGUACACUAGUUUAGCUGCAUUGCAUCGUAUUGAACGCAUUUGUAUUCCAAUUUUCUACAGACAUCAGAAACAAAAGAUGGGGAUUCUAGCAACAAGGAAGAUGAAGAUAAAGACGCCAAAGACAACAAAGGAAAGAAAGAGAACGGCGCGCCAGCAAAAAAGAAAAAACAACAAGUUAAAACAGUAGAACUGAGAGUGGAAACUGAAGUGCCUGGACUGACAAAGUCCCAGUUGCAGGAUGCCAUCGAUAAAGAGGUCAGAUAUAGAUGUUAUCUCUUUUGCGCGGAUAGAGCAGUAUUUAUCAAGUUUUCCUUGUGAAUUUCAAGUCGUGAGAAAGUAACAAACCGAAAUCUUGUUGUUAUUUUGACUUGAUACAGAUAGGGACACAAAUGAAGGGAAAUUUUUACGAUUCAGAGAAGUUUCACACCAUUUGGCACGUUUUCCUUGUCAGAUCUUGAUAUGCACUCAAAGAAAACUUGAAAGCGCCAAAGCAGCUAAACCUUUUUUAACGCCCAAGAACGGAUCAGUAAUUCCCUUCUUUGACUGCUAUUCAGUUCUCUGCGAAUUACACAGAAAUAUUGGCGUUUCUUAUCAUUUUAUGACGUGCUUGUUUCCUUUUUUCAGUGCCAUAUGGUACUGCAGGAUCGGCUGGAGAAAGAGAAAGGAUUUGCGAAGAAUGCAGUGGAAUCGUACGUGUAUGACAUGAGAGGACGAUUGUACGAUCAACUCCAGAAAUACAUCACAGAGGAGGUAACAUACUGUGUAAUGCUUCAACUGUCACAUAGGAAGCACUCAAAGCUUUUUUGCUGUGUUUCAAUGAAGUGGAUCACACUGAAGAACGAGAAGGGAAAGAAAACAACUCGGCCGAUAGUCCAUGACUGAAUCACAUACAAACUUUGGGCCUGGGUUUAUUAUGGCCUGCUUACCGUUGAUAAAAAACCCAUGCAGUUUGAACACUACCAGAUUGUCAUUUCUCCGAUAAUUGUAGUUGUUUCAAUAUCAGAGCGCUUUUCGAUUGAGUGCAGUAAAGCCAAUACCUUAAGUAAAUGUAAUCACAACCACAACGGCCAAUCAGAGGAAGGGAAAAUACCUUUAUGAGCGUAUGAGACCUCAAUGUAUAACCAACUAAACUGCCUAAAGCGCGGGUGACCAAGUCGCAAGUAAGCUUUGAAUCUGAUUGGUCGAGAAAGUGACGCGAGUUUUCUGGGCCAUUUCCAGAGCGAGAUAAAGCAAACACAAAUCAAUCUCGGAUCACUUAGAUUACUUACGGCAUUCGAUUCCAAUUUGAUAAUUCAGCGCUUUCUUAUGGAGACCUUCUCCUAUUUGCUGCGAAGAUUAUCCACUCCUGCAUAAAAAUUUCGUGGGCAAUUUUUUAGAAGGAAGUUUUUGAAAACGUUGCAACAACUAUAAUAUGUAGGCUGGGGAAAAAUAAGAAACACAAAAUCUGCCAAGAAUGAGCAGGUACAUGAUGGUUCUUGAUACUUUCCUUCGAAGGCAAGGGAGAAGUUCUCGGAGUUGCUGUCGCUAACCGAAGACUGGCUCUAUGAAGAGGGCGAAAACCAAUCCAAGAAAGUUUACCAAGACAAGCUGGCUGAGUUGAAGGUAAACUAAUAUGAACCGUUUAUGAAGGAUGAAAUGCACAGCUUCUGUUGCUUUGCGAGAGGACAGUAAUCCCACUGCGGUCACCGUUUCGUGAGCUGAUCCUCAAAGUACACCUUUUUACUUGUUAGAUGUCGGUACCAAUAAUCCUCACUGUAUUCUAAAGUAACAUUUCUCAAGGAACUAGUUGAUGUUUUUUCCUUCUUGGUCGGUUUCAUUUUAAAUGUGUACUAAAUUGUGGGAUUAACCACUUCUUUUCCGUGAUCUUUCAUGGAGUAAAAGGGUUAGCCGAGCAGGCUCGCGUGUUUAGGUUUCGCCUCACGGCACAGCCGCCUACGGAAAAAGUUUUGAAACCUCUGGUAAUAUCAGAAGUCUUUUAAUGUUGAUGUGAAACACGUUGAAAGGGAAAAACUUCAUUGUCGUGAAGUCCUAUGUUUUCAUUACAGAGUUAGCCUUCCAUUACACUGAUUACUCAUCGCUUUCAAUAUUUUUUACAGAAAGUGGGAGACCCGGUAGAGACGCGCUUAUCAGAGGCUACCAAAAGACCAGCUGCAUUUGAUGAACUUGGAAAGAGUAUCCAGCAAAUCAGGAAAAUUCUUGAGCUUUGCGCACAGAAGGUAAAGUUUACAGAGGAAAAAAAUGAUCUAGGGAUUUGAAUGAAAGUGAUCUUCGCAGUAAUGAACACUACUUGAGCAAUAGUGAAAAUAAGGCCUGAAAAAAAUUCAGACCUGUACGGGAUUCGAACCCAUGACCUUUGCGACACCGGUGCAACGCUCCACCAACCGAGCCAAUAAGCCAACUGGGAGCUGGUCGUUAUGUUGGUACCAAAUAAACCCCUGAAGUAGUGAAUAAACGAAUGUGAAUAUGUGAAAGUCAUAGAUCUGAACUGCGGAUAAAGACGUGAAUGAAAGCGAUCUUCGCAGUAAUGAACACUACUUGAGCAGUAGUGAAAAUAAGGCCACGAUCUAGGGAUUGUAAGCCAUAGUGACUACGUGAGGGGAAACUAUUCAACCGAACACCCUCCUGACUGGUCGAAUUUGUUGUGUUUUAUUAAUUUGAAAAGGUUGUUCGAUGCGAGAGUUUAGAACACGCCAUUGAUCAACGUGCCUAAGCGCAUGUGCCGAUCAGUUGAUUCGAUUUGUGCGAAAUUCGAAUUGGUGCCUCGCGGCGGGCAAGUGAUUUCACUAAAGGUUGUAGUAUAGAAUUGGAUAAAAUGGUACACGUUUAUCACUGAUGUAGGACAAAAUACUUACGCUUUCCAUGUAGCUUACUACGAGUAGUCUCCAGUAGCCGCGAGAAUUUCUUGCAAGGCUCUUGCCGCUUCGCUUUACUUGCUACAGUGAGACCCCGAUCACAGGCUAAUUUCCCAACGAUGAUUUGAAUCCCAGCAGUUUUCGUAAGUGAGCUAGUCCAAAAGACAGAGAGUUUCCUCUUAGUUUCGUCUUUCUUUCAACAUACAGGAUGAAAAGUACGAUCAUAUCGAAGCAGAAGAAAUAAAAAAGGUGGAGGUGGCUGUUGCAGAUAAGGAAAAAUGGUUACAGAACAAGUGGAAUGCACAGAGCAAACUCGCUGAUCAUCAAGAUCCGGCUGUGUAUGCCUCGGUCAUACUCUCCGAAAAAAAGGUAUCCAUCACUCGAUUUCCGUCUUUUUUGAGUUUGAGUGUUGAUUUUUGUUUCAUUUAGUUUUACAUUAUAAUUUUGGUAACUUUGGUAAAGUGAUACUCUUAGUCGCUUCAUGCUAAGGAAACCUGGAUAAGCUCCAGCUGUGUGGGGCUCUGGGCUCGAGUACAGACAUUACACAGAAAUUAAGGGUGAACUGGAGAGAAUCUUUUGUUUUUCGUUUGUAGCCUUAAUUACAUGUACCCUAACAAACAACUUUAAAAUCUCUUUGGCUUUGUGUAUUUUUUUUAGCUGUUAGAAGACACGUGCUACACUAUUUUGAACAAAGCGAAACCAAAACCCAAAGCCGAACCACCACCUCCCCCAAAGGAAGAAGAGAAGAAAGAAGAGGGGACGGGAGACUCGACGCCGGAAGAGAAAAUGGACCAGGAAGGAGAAAAUGUGGAGAAACCGAAUGAGCACCAAAAUCAGGAAGGUGGCGAAGAAACCAAACCUGACGCAGACAUGGAGAUUGAUUAGCUAUUCCUGAAUAACGGUCUAAGAGCUUUGUAUCUCUGCAGUGAUAAGUUGUUUUUUUAAUUGUCAGGGUGAAAUCUCCGUAGACCAUUAUCGAUUCUUUGAUUAAGGCUGAAAGAAAUGGUUAAAGUUUUUGUUUCUUCCCUAAGCUUAAGAAUGCAGUCGGUAUAUGAAGGAUUACGAGAAGCGAUAAAUAGUAAAUAAGUUACAAAUUUAACGAGCAAUCUUUUUUUUUUUUUUUUUUUAGCCGGCCAUUCUCCGCAUGGCUUUCACGAUCUUAAUGAGUGGUAGUGUUCCAGUUUAUUAGUCAGGUGAUGCUCGUAGAGAAGCACUUGCAAAUGGAAUUUCAUAUUGCUAUAUUUCUUUUCGCAUAGUACACAAUUAUUGUUAAAAACAGACAGAGGGAAAACCGAGAAAGUUUGAGGAACUUGUUGAGUUUUCAGUACAUUUCUGGGUUACGAAGAACAGUGCUUGCAGAUUUUUGAAAGAAAAACAUUAUAUUGAACCCAUGCCUAAAUUCAAGCAUUUUUUUUCGUCGCCGAUCCUACAUUUGCGCAAGAUAAGAUACUCCUUCUAGUCAAUUGAAUCUCACACAUUCCGUUAUCAUUUUUGAUAAAUUCCGCUCGGUCCUUAGCGGUUGAAAGUUUCAAUUUAGGACAUCUCAACUAUUUUGGGGUAGUUCUAUUCAAGGAAAAUAAGACUGUGGUCAGGAAGGAUAAAGAUUCCUUGCUAUUACUUCGUGAACUAUUGCAUACGUUACCUUCAAGGCCUUCGUGCAAGACCCUGGAAUACUUAGCACGUGAAUGGUGACCCUAUUUUAUUCAAAUGUUUGCAAGUACUCAUGGGAAAAACGUAGGGGAGAUUUACCACAUCACCAGGUAACCCUUGUUAAGGAUAUACGACGACUUAACGCGUAAGGUUGGAUUUUACUCAUUUCUUUCCAACUUAAAUUGGCCCCAUGGUCUACAUUCAGCUCAAACUACCGUGUUUGUUUAGUUGUUCCUGUCUACACGUCACGGCAUGUUGCUUUUUCUUGUCUCUACACUAUUCAGUCGAAACGACUUUGUAAAAGGUUUCUUUGUCAUCUUUACGGCUAAUGCUUUUGGGUUCUGGUUGGAAGAAAGGUUGCCCCGGCAACCCGAACGUUUGUGCAGAUCCGUAACCUGUGCUCGUGUAAAUUGUGGAUUUUUAGCUCCCUUUGCAGGGAUCCUAGCCGAAGAAACAAAUUUCAAAUUAUGCCGGGUUGUAGAUGAGGGACCUGUGAUAGAGAAAAGUUAUCAUUUGCAGACAGACACUUUUUUUCUAGCCUCGUUUUCUUUGAGCGGAGGCUCCACUGUUUAUCACGGCAUCUUGGACCUUAACUGUGGGUGUAGCACAGUCCUUCUACCCAGUUGCGCAUAACCUUCGAAAUCUUUACCUCACAAGCUGUAAAGUACACGAGUUAUGUAGUUGAACUUCCUGGCCUGCGAGCAAGUCCUCAUCAUCGCAUUGGCACUGCGAGACGCACGGUUCCCCACCCUCGAGGCCUUAUAAUUUCCCGCGAGUGAAGAAACGCUUGCGCAGAAGCGCUAAUGAUGAAGGCCGGCCUGUAAGGUUAUGAAAUAUCCUUCGCUCUAUAUAAGUAAAAGGUUACGAUGAAAUUACCCUAUUUUUUUCUAUUUUCUUUGUUUGUGCCGAAGUAAGUUGGUAUUAACUUAAAACCUGUGUCACUUCAAAGAAAGUUCUUUCUUUGACUGAGUGUUACGUAACCCUUAAGAGUGAUUACUAACUAUUUUCCCUAUCAGCAUCACUUCCUAAAACAAACAUUGAGGUCAUGAGAAUAAAGGAAAUGAUCACC